AUGGGGCACGAGCAUGGACUCAUGUCCAACGUACAACACUCCACGCUAGAGAAGACGCCCUCCAUGGAGGACGGUCUCUCCCCAAAGACAGGUACGGCGCAGGACAAGCAAGACAUGUGGCGUGCUGGACGAGACCAGGAAUUAAACAGAAACUUCCGCUUUCUUUCUGUUCUUGGAUUUACAGCAGUGCUGAUGUGCACAUGGGAAGCAGUGCUCUUUGGUUCAUCUUAUGGAUUGACUAAUGGCGGGAAAGGAGGAAUGAUCUAUACUUAUCUAGGAGGCCUGGUAGGAUUCAGCUUUGUGAUCCUCUCGAUGGCUGAGAUGGCAUCCAUGGCCCCAUUGUCGGGCGGUCAGUAUCACUGGGUGUCAGAGUUCGCACCCCCCAGCUCUCAGGCCCUGUUAAGUUACAUCACUGGCUGGAUUUGCGUAUUGGGUUGGCACACCGGUAUCGCAGGAUGCUGCUAUACAGUGGCUAAUAUGAUGGUUGGCGUGAUUUCCAUUAACUAUCCCGACACCUAUACCUAUGAGCCAUGGCAUGUUACACUGCUCGUUAUUGCGGUGGCCCUGGUAGCCUUGAUAUUUAACACAUUCCUGGCUCAGAAGCUCCCCUUGAUCGAGGGUAUCAUCUUGAUUGUACACUGCUUCGGUUUCUUUGGAAUUUUGAUCCCACUUUGGGUGUUAUCUCCUAAGGUUCCUGCUUCCGAAGUGUUUGGUUCGAUCGAGGAUCGGGGUGGAUGGGGUAACAAUGGACUCGCGUGUAUGGCUGGGCUUGUCGGACCCAUAUAUGCAUUGAUUGGCCCUGACUCGGCGGUUCAUAUGGCGGAGGAAAUUCGAGAUGCGUCCCGGGUGCUCCCCAUGAGCAUGGUCUGGACGCUGAUCCUCAAUGGGUCCACUGGCUUUGUCAUGAUAAUCACAUUUGCGUUCUGCGUGGGCGAUAUUGAUGCGGUGCUCAAGUCUGAAACAGGCUUCGCCUUCAUUCAGGUCUUCCUUAAUGCUACGGGAUCAGUCAGCGCUACGACAGGCAUGACAGUGGUUAACCCGACCUUCACCGUUCCAGUAAAUGCCCUUUGCGUCAGUCUCGUUAUUGUCUCCCUCCUCUCUUUAAUCAACAUUGGGUCUUCUGUGGCUUUCAACGCCAUUAUGUCCCUCGGCACAGCCGCACUUCUGUCAUCCUAUAUCAUAUCUAUCACCUGCGUUCGUAUUCGACGCUGGCGCAACCAGCCCCUACCACCCGCACGUUGGAGCAUGGGCAAAUUCACUCCCAUUUGUGACACCAUUUCCAUCAUGGUUUUGAUGGUCAUAUGGGUCUUUAGUUUCUUUCCCCUGACUAAAGAAGUGGAUGUAACUACCAUGAAUUGGGGUGUGGCUAUCUUUGGGGGUGUUGUUGUGGUUUCACUGGCGCCCCAAGUUGAACCGCCAAAGUUCAAAUUAGCGCAAGAGAGGGAACUAUACAAGUAUCUCAAACUAAACCAAGCUUUUCAAUCUGGUCCGAGCGUCCUCGAUACACCCGAGAAUGUGCAAAAUCAACAUACUGCCUAUGUCCCCCGAUCGUCGCAAGAUACCGCUUUGACGGCGUUCGCCCAGCUAGGAGUUUUGAGAUUGAAAGCUCAACGUGCCUUAAUCUCACUUUUUGGUCGAAACCAACAAUAUAUCCUUGCAGAGGCCACUCAAACACUCAGUCUUCAAGAUCAUACAGUGGAGAAUGAUCGAGAUGCCUUAUGGUUGGGUUGCUGCGUUGUCCCCAAGGAGGAAGGGAUAUGUCAAAAAGUCGCUUCCCUACCGCAAAUCAAACUAGAGGACGACUCACACGUGAUUGACGGUAUCUACAUGGUACCUGAUCUGCGCGAGGAUGCUCGGUUUAACAAAUUGCCCAUGGUUACCGGCUAUCCUAAAGCGAGGUUCUAUGUAGGCGCCCCCAUAAUCAGUUCUAAAGGGAUCACCAUCGGAUCGUACUGCAUUAUCGACGACGAGCCACGAUCCAGAUUGGACCCCCCGUUGAUAAAGUUCCUACAAAAUAUGGCAUCGACCGUCAUGGCUCACUUGGAUAUGGCCCGAUGCAAAGCGGAACAUCAUCGCGCAGAGAGAAUGAUUGUGGGGUUUGGAAGUUUUGUGGAAGGUAAAUCAACGCUCCGAAAGGAGUGGGUACAGGAAACUGGACUGCGCCUGAAUGACCAGGAACAUGACGAAGGCCAUCUGAAUAUACUACAGCAAAAUGCACAAAUCAAAUCCGGUCUGCUCACAACUGUCCACACUCGCCCGUCAUCCCCGCUGCUUCAGUCACAGGCGUCUUCACGCAAUAGUCCUGAUCAGUCCAUAUCCGAAUUGCCCGGUGUACCACCAGCGAGUCUCUCCCCAGGGCCAUUCUCCUCUUCGUCAAAGUCCGACCAGGGUUCAGACGCCAGUAUCGAUCAGAUGUCAAGUCCCAAUAAAUCUGAAACACAAACUAGCUUCUCCGUCCGAAGUACGGCGUCGACCGAGAAUUUACAAGACGACAUGCUAUCCAUCGGAGUUCGACAAGUCUUUUCGCGAGCAGCUAACAUCAUCCGGGAGUCAAUAGAAGUCGAAGGCGUCGCGUUCUUCGAUGCAAGCAUUGGGUCGUACGGCGGUCUCGUCAGCGAUACAAAGCGAAAGGGACCAGGCUCAGAUAGCAGUACUUUGGAAAGCUCCAUGGGCAGCAGCGACGAUGGUACAGGAUCCGAUUCCCAGAAAAGCUCUACCGCAUCAGCCGGGAAGGACACCAUACCAGAGAAUACGACUCUAUGUGAAAUCCUAGGCUUCUCGACUUCGACCACGUCCAGUAUCAACGAUGAAUCAAAAGGAAGACUUGCACUCCGGGAAGUAUUGUUGAAGGCGCUUCUACGACGUUACCCGCACGGCAAGAUUUUCAAUUACAGCGAAGAGGGAUCAAUGUCCUCGGAUGAAAGCAGUGAUGCACCUUCCAAGAGUUCGCUGGAUCGUGGUGGUUCAAACCCGAAUGCCGACCUCAUUGGCAGAAGAGUAAGAGGAGGCCGGAAAAAGACGCGCAGUGCCACACUCAAAGAGGAUGGGGAUAUCCUCAUUCGACUCUUCCCGGGAGCUCGCAGUAUCGCUCUUCUGCCGAUGUGGGACUCCCAUCGAGCUCGAUGGUUCUCGGGCGCUCUGGUAUGGACAAACACACCUCGGCGCGUCUUCACGUCCGAGACUGAGCUCACCUAUCUGUCGGCCUUUGGAAAUAGUAUCAUGGCGGAGGUGCAUCGUCUGGAUGUCGAGAUGUCGGAGAAGGCGAAAACAAACCUGGUCAGCAGCAUCUCGCACGAGUUACGAAGUCCCCUCCAUGGCAUUCUCGGUACGUCAGAAAUACUUCGGGACACGGCGAUGAACGCGCUUCAACAUGGAUUGGUACACACUAUUGAAUCGUGUGGGCGGACAUUGUUAGAUACGAUCAAUCAUUUGCUAGACUUCUCGAAGAUAAACAAUUUUCGGAAGGAAAGCAAGAAAGCUAUCCACAAACGGAAAAGCCCUCCAAGACGACACAAAAUCACGGACCCAUCGCCUCAUAGCCUGAAGCCAUCACGACGGGCACGGCAUAGUGGGAUGAUAAGUCUGAAGGCUGAUAUUCGGUUAGAUGCCGUUCUGGAAGAGGUUAUGGAAAGUGUCUUUGCGGGCUACAGUUUCUACCACAGCCCACAAAGAUCAACGGCGAUAGACAAUCCAGAUCAUAUGGCACCCGAACUACUGGGACUCUCGCAGCAAGAAAAUCAGGUCAGCGUCAUACUGGAUAUCGAUGCUGCCGAGUGGAGGUUCUCCACCCAAAUAGGCGCCUGGCGCCGCAUCAUGAUGAACAUUUUCGGCAACGCCCUAAAGUACACCAAAACUGGCUUUAUCUUAGUCAAGUUAGCGGCGUCGCCUGUUACUCCCGCCAAAGACACCGUGCCCGGAGGAUCUUCUGAUUUUAACGUGACCCUCACGGUCAAGGACACGGGUAUCGGAAUGAGCAUGGAGUAUCUUCAGAAUAGUUUAUUCACUCCUUUCACACAAGAAGACUCGCUUGCACCUGGAAACGGACUCGGGUUAAGCAUUGUUCACCAUGCGGUUCUGUCCAUGGGUGGUCAUAUCGAAGUCACUUCACUUCGGGGUCGUGGUACUCAAGUCUCGAUUGAAGUCCCUCUUACCCAUGUGCCGGCUAAAACGGCAAACGUCAGUGGCUUCGAGCCCGAGCCCAUUUUGAAAAUGAAACAAAUUACUCGUGGCGCGACUCUGGGACUUCUGGAGUUAGGAUCACCCGACAUCUCCGAUCGCGAUACAAUUCUCCGUGCCUCUUUGGAGAAAUUGUGCAAGAACUGGUUCGAGAUGGACGUCCAUAUCCUGAAUCCAUCGGAUGCUUCUUUCCCCGAGUGUGAUUUUUACGUUGCAGUACAGACCGAUACCGAUUCGGUGCACACUUGGCAAUCAUGGUUGUCAAAAACACAGAAUUAUUCCCAUCGAAAUAACGGGAGUCGAAAACCUCCCAUUGUGGUCAUUUGUCGCUCACCAGAGGCAGCGCAUCACAUGUUUGUGGCAGCAAACCAAUCGAAUCAUGAGGCCAUUGUCGAAUUCAUCAGCCAACCCUGUGGCCCGCGAAAGUUGGCCAAGGCAUUUGACAUAUGCACCAAGCGGCAACAAGGCCAGGAACCUAUAGCUGAGGGUGACUCUAAUAUAAAUCAAGAUCAGCCUCAGGGAGGGGUCACAUUUAAACUGACGGAGUCACCUCCAGAUUCCAGGGAGGAUAUUGAAACACAAUGCGCAGAACAUGAGUUGAAUUUCCAAAAACACAAAACAGGAAAAAAGACGAUAGAUGAUGAACACCACAAGUUGGACGCAACGGAAAACCCACAGCACACUCAUCUUUCUCAAAAUAAAAGUGAUGCCACUACGUUACCAAUUCGACAGGGAUUGCCCAAGACAGAGGAGCCUACUUUGAACGUGCUGUUGGUUGAAGACAACGAUAUAAAUCUGCGGAUAUUGGUUGCACAUAUGAAGAAAGAAGGCUACAAGUAUACGACAGCCCGCAAUGGUUUGGAGGCGUUGAACAUUUUCAAAGCCCAUCCUACGAAGUUUGGAGUGAUCCUGAUGGACAUUUCGAUGCCGGUAAUGAACGGGUUCGAAUCCACUCGGCUUAUUCGCAAGGCUGAGCGUGAAUAUCAGAACGGACUCGAUAUUUCAGCGAAAACAUCAUUUAGACCUGUGACUAUUGUUGCUCUGACUGGCCUUGCAAGUGCUAGUGAUCGACACGAAGCUUAUGGGUCAGGAAUGGACCUCUUUUUAGCGAAGCCGAUCCAACGAAAACAAUUAUUCGCGGUAUUGAAUGAGAGAAAGGCCGGCGAGGUCAAGAAACCCUCUCAAUGA